CCUACUCAUCUUCUUGAUCUUCUUCGCAUAAUGUUGUUGCCGGACUCUACUCAUAAAAACAAGGGGAAGACUCGUGAAAAGAUCAACAACAGUGUUGUAAGAUACAUGAACACACAGGAGCUGAGAUCAAACGGUAUCAGAAUAAAAUCAAACAACAAACGUAGUCCAAUAGAAAUAUCUUUCUCCCACGGCUGGCUUAAUGGAGAAUUGAGGCUUCCUGAGAUUGUUUUGGACGAUAUAACAAUUUCUACAUUCAUUAACUUGGUAGCAUACGAAAUGUGUCUUGAUUUUCAAAACGAUUACGGGAUUGGCACUUUCCUAUCAUUCAUAAACUCACUGAUCCGCCAACCAGAAGAUGUGAAAGACUUAAGAUCAGCAGGGAUUUUAAUUAGUAACUACGGAACUGAUGAAGAAUUGGUUAAGCUAUUCCGUGUUUUAGUUACUGAUGUACUAUCGAAUGCGGGUAUAUAUUCAGAUGUUUUAGUUACAAAAUGUUUAUUUAGCCAUUUCGAUCAAAAGAUCUAUUUUCAGGGAAAGAGAAACUCUCUAAUUCAUUAUACUCCAGAAGUUGUUACAUGA